AGUGCUUGACAGCAGUUUAAAAACAAGGUUUAUAUAUAGGGCCGAGCGCUGCGGCUAGGACAUGUUAGAGGGCCGAGCGCCGCAGCUAGGACAAUCUAGGGGGGCCAGCGCUGCGGCCACAUGUCCAACUUUGACCAUGUAUAACAUAUGAGCUAGCUCUAUGUACAAAAUUGAUAGAAAAAUGAGUGUUGAUAUCCAUGGAAUGCGAAAACCCUACAAUGACAACACCAAUACGUUCGAAUUCAAGGAUUUAGUUUCAAAAGAACCAUUUGCCCAGUUUAAGGCAUGGUUUAAUGAAGCAUCACAUCAUGAAAGAAUAGAGGAGGCAAAUGCAAUGUGUCUGGCUACAGCAACUAAAGAUGGCCUCCCCUCUGCUAGAAUGGUUUUACUGAAGAAGUUUGGAGCUGAGGGGUUUACCUUCUACACAAAUUACACGAGCAGGAAGGCAGCAGAGCUGGAGGAGAAUCCAAGGGCAUCUUUAGUUUUCUACUGGGAGCCCCUGAAGAAAAGUGUUCGUGUUGAGGGCAAGGUUAUUCGAAUCCCAGCCUCUGAGAGUAAAGAAUACUUUGAAUCCAGGCCGAUCUCAAGCCAAAUCGGGGCCUGGGUCUCAGACCAAAGCAAGGUUAUCAAGAAUAGAAGUGUACUAACCGAAAAGGAGGAAGAACUUACAAAGAAAUAUUCAGAUGGCGAAACUAAACUUCCAUAUCCCGAACACUGGGGAGGUUACAGAGUUGAAGCUUCCAGCAUUGAGUUCUGGCAGGGUCAGAGUACUAGGAUACAUGAUAGGAUCAGGUUCCGGCGAGCUAGUGAUGCCAAUGAUGAGAAUCCUCGUAUUCAAGGCGAGGAUGGGUGGAUAAUAGAACGACUGGCUCCUUAAAUAAUUUAGCUCGAUCUGGGAUAUUUUGAUGAAUUGUAUACAUGCAGUUUUUAUUUUAUUUUGCAUAUUUUAAAAUCUAUGUUGAAAAAAUAAACAUUUCAAUUAGGUCA